CCUCUUGGGGACUGAGCAGCACAGGUUAACAAUGCAGUGUGUGCAUGCUCGUUUAUUGACUGAGUGGCAUGACAAAAGAUGCAUUACCUCUCCAUGCUGUGGAGUUUGUGUAAUGAGUGAUCUGAUUGAAUCGCGGGUGUCCAGGAACCGACUAGUAGCAUAGAUGAUAUGUGGGGUAGCUCUAAUGAUAGCUAAACAAUAAACAUUUAGCCACUUAUAGCUAGCUAUUUAGCUAUGACCAUUUAAUAUGUUUGCUGAGUGUUAACGUUAUGCUUGUGGUUGAAUGCAAUCUCUGUAUAUGCAUUUAGGCAAUUUCUUCUGUUACACAGCUGUCAAUCGAAAACGUAUGCACUGGUUGCCAAGUCGUUUGGGCUGUCUUCUCAGUCAGUGACUUUUUUUGCUACACAAGUCUACACUACAUGUAUGUCAAGUUUGUAUUUGUAGCUAAUGACAGUUUAUACAUUUCUUUCAGGCAUUGAUUCUUCAGCCAGAUUACAAAAAUGGUCUGGUUGCCAGAUCCAAAUGUUAUGUAAAGAUGGGAGAUUCUGAUAACGCAUUGAGGGACGCAGAGGCCUCUCUCAAGGACAAAUAAUUCUUAAAGGGUUUGUAUUAGAAAGCUGAAGCUUUAUACACCAUGGGCAACUUUGAGUUUACCCUGGUGUUUUACCACGGGGGGGAACAAACUGUGGCCAGAGCUGCAGGAAUUUAGACUGGGAAUCCAGAAGGCCCAAGAGGCUAUCGACAACUCUGUGGGCAGCCCCUCAUCUGUGAAACUGGAAAACAAGGGGGACCUGUCCUUCUUCCACAAGGCAGAUGAGGUGAAGAAGGGACGGCCGAAGGGGGCUGAUUCACCCCCUGAGAAGGGAGAUGAGGCAGCAGAACAAGAAGACGCCUAAGAGUGAGAAGACGGCCAAGCAGUUUCUGGGAGAGCUCUACAGCGAUAAGGAGUACCUAGAGAAGCUACUGAAAGAUGAAGACUUGGUGAAAGGUAAAAUGCGGGGAGGGGAGAGACUGCAGCACCUCAUCCUCAACUGCAUCACCUAUCUGGACACACGCACUGAGUUCUGGCGCCAGCAGAAGCCCAUCUAUGCGCGGGUGAGAGACCGCAAUCUCAUGCAGCAGAAGUGGAACAAGACCCGGCAGAACCCUCCCUCUGAUCCCACCCGUUUUGUACGCAAGAGCCUGGAAGAGAUCGAUGCAGCUUUGACCGCAGGCAAUGCAGAGAGCAGCCCGAAGAAAGCUCUGGAGGUCCUGAAGUCAGUUCAAUGCUGGUCAGAGGAGGUGGUUCCCAAUAAGAAAGAGGUGCUGGGGAACCUUCACAGCUGCAUUGGGAAUGCCCUGAUUGACCUGUGGGAAAUGGACAGAGCACUAGACAACCAUCAGAAGGACUUGGACCUGGCCAGAUAAUGCAAACUCCCAGACGCAAAGUCAAGGGCACUGCCGAGUGUACGCCAGAAUAGGGAAGUUCCCACAGGCUAUCGAUGCGGAAGUGGAAACUCAAAGUAUAUGGCAUCACAUCUGUGUUUUUAUACGUUUGGAUUGUGUGAUGAAGCAAAUAGUUUUGUUUAAUACAAAGGACUCCUAAUGUAUGUAUUCACUGUGUCAUUCUAUUCACUGUGUUUGUGUAUUUGCUUCUCCA